AUGAGCCACCAUUGUGACCACACUAGCAAGGAUAACAUGAGCCUCCAUUGUGACCACACUAGCAAGGUUAACGUGAGCCACCAUUGUGACCACACUAACAAGGUUAACAUGAGCCACCAUGGGUUUAAACUACCAAAAUUUAUCAAUUUUUUUUUUUUUUCCAAAAUAUGUCCCUCUGUUUAUGCUGACCUCGGCAAGUCUGCCAGAGAUGUCUUUGGCAAAGGCUUCCAUUUUGGCGUCCUCAAACUUGAGUGCAAAAGUAAAACUGCCACUGGUGUGGAGAUUACAGCAGGUGGCUCCAAUGUUCUGGAGUCUGGUAAAGUUGCAGGCAAUCUUGAGACCAAGUACAAGGUGAAAGAACAUGGGUUGACCUUUACGGAGAAGUGGAACACAGACAACACACUGAACACAGAAGUUGCAUUGGACGACAAGGUUGCCAAGGGGCUCAAGCUUGUCAACACCACCUUUGCUCCACAGACAGGCAAGAAGUCUGGAGUGCUUAAAUCUACUUACAAGACUGAUGCUUUGUCUGUUAACCUAGAUUCCACAUUAGAUCUUGGUGGUCCAGUAGUCAAUGGUGCUACUGUGGCAAGCUACAAGAAUUGGCUUGUUGGUUAUCAGAUGUCCUUUGAUACUGCAAAAUCAAAGCUCACCAAAAAUAACUUCGCUGUUGGAUUUACCAAUCCAGACUUCAUUCUUCACACGUAUGCCAAUGAUGGAGCUGAAUUUGGUGGCUCCCUCUUCCACAAAAUUAAUCCUGACUUGGAGGGUGCUGUUGACUUGGCUUGGUCUGCUGGAUCCAACACUACACGCUUCUCCAUUGGCUGCAAAUAUUCUCUGGACAAGGAUGCUGCACUGCGAGCCAAGGUGAACAACAACUCUCAGGUUGGCCUAGGCUACCAGCAAAAGGUGCGUGAUGGCAUUAUGACACUAUCAACUCUCAUUGAUGGUAAGAAUUUCAAUCAGGGUGGACACAAAGUUGGCCUGGCCAUGGAACUAGAAGCCUAACUUCUU